AUGGGUCUAUUAUGCAGCUGUCAUAGAGAGAGCAGCACUAUUGACCGAAAAAGAUCAAGUCGCCAGAAGAGUAUAAACCUGGCCAGAUCUUUUAACCAGCACUUGGAUCAGCAAAUCAAUCAAUCUAGUUCACCACUAUUGAAAUCGUACUUACUUAUUAGUCCAGCCCAAACAUCAAAUAUUGAUAAGAAAGUACUAUGUGUUGAUGUGGGCGGAACCAGCUUAAAAAUGGCGAUCUUAGCCAUAAAGACAGAUGGCAAGAUUGAAAUGGAAAAGCAGACUUUCCAAACAUACACUAUUCCACACAAUGACUCCCAACGAGUGGCCCAAAGUACCAUCUACCAGUGGAUAGCCGAAAAGAUCCAAGAGUUCGUGAAUAGCAUCCCCAGUAACCAAUCCUUGCCAACAGAAGGCGCACUGACGUUUUCAUAUCCUUUGGAGUACCAGAACGGAAAGUUCUACCUAGUGGAGUACACUAAGAACUUCAGAUGGAAAAAGCCUAAGACGGGUUCUGGCCAGAAAGAAGUGCCUUUAGAUGAGCUUAAUAGUGCACUGAAGGAACAAGCAUCACAGCUGAACAUCAACUUCCAAGCCAUUGUUAAUGACGCAAUGGCCACUCUACUAGCAGCUAAGAACCGGGACCCGAUGGCCGUGCUGGGAGUAGUCCUGGGCACCGGCACUAAUGGGGCCUACUUCGAGAAUCCGCAUGGCAUUAGUUUACGGCAUAGCUCUGCUAAUCCCGGCCGAAAUGGUAACCAAAGGCGAUAUCUGUGUGCACUCAACACGGAAUGGGGUAGUUAUAGUGAACAAAUAGUAACAACCUAUCAAGAUCAGCAUGAUUGCCAACUGGAUAGGGAAACAGACAGUCAAGGCAGAUACUUACUCGAAAAAAUGAUCGGCGGGCUGUACAUAGAACAGUAUGUGCAAUGCCGAUUCCAGGCGGAAGCAACUUCUUUGUUUGCCAAGCAUGGGAUUAGCUCCACCCUUUCUGAAUCAACUCUAGCUACUAUUAAGAUUACUAACGAAGCCAUGGAAAAUCCAGAGAAGAUUAACGGACAGAUUAAGGAGUGUUGCAAGAAUCUUCCCGCCAACCAACGUGAUUCAGUUGUUUCUGAGCUAAACAGCACACUCAAUCUUAUAAUUUUGGAAGCUCAAGAGAGAAAGCAAUCUAUUUUAUCAGGGCUAAUUGCGGCAAUGGUCUAUAGAUCUUAUCAAGUCGAUCCGGGUCGAACCAAGUUUACAGUUGGAGUGAACGGGUCGGGGAUUCAGCACCAGGUCUUCCGAGACAUGGUCACUAGCGAAGUUAAAGCCAUUUUAAAAGGUAUGAUCAAUAGCCCAGUUGCAGAUAAACUAACCAUUGUCCUCAACUACGACGAGCAUGCCUCGUUAAUUGGGGCUGCCUAUGCACUCAUCACUAGGGUCGGUCUUGAAUAA